GAAGAUUGCGAAGAAGAAACCGGAGCACGUGACCGUUUCCGGAGUUCCAUUUAUUUAUUAUUUUCCUAUUUAUUUAUUAGCCACCGUUUGUUUGCUGGUUUACCUGUCCCGUGGAGCCGACCAAAUAUGAAAUUGCUGCUCAACUCCUCCCGCUCGCUCCUCUUCUCGCUGCUGCUGGCUCAGCUUCCCGCGUUCACGAAUGCCUCGCCACUGCCGCAGCGGCGACCGACCGACAUGGACAGACUGUCCAAUCAGACCAAAAAUCUGAUGAAGCUCACCCAAGAACUGCUGAAGGAGCAUGCCUUCGACUCAGAUGUGGAGCCCCACCGGUUCAGAUCCCUGCCAGAAAUGAGCAACAGAUCAGCCAAUGACCUCAACAAUCUUGAGCUGAAGCCCACACUCUCACAGCUGCAUGCUGACUUGAAGCUGUAUGAGCACCACUUUGAGUGGUUGAACAAGGUUUCAAAGAAGCACCACCACCCUGCACUGCCCAAGCUGUCGGAGAUGAUCAGAGAAAUGAAAUCUCUCAUUUUUUUGCUGCACCGUCAGAUGGUGAGAGUUGAUGCCCCGAAGGUAACUCAGGCAACCCCCUCCCUCCCACCUCACCUGCCCUAUCAGUUUGAUGUCCUGCAGUCCAGCCAUGAGCUCCUUCAACACUUCAAGCUUUUCUGUGAUUGGGCGUACCGAGCAUUCAUCAGCCUCAAGCCCAAAGCCCCUCCAGUACAAUGACGAUCCAAGCUCAUUCAUUAUUUUCCUCCUAACUACACGGCGGCAGAGCCAGUGAUGAUACGUGGAGCCGUGCCUCGGCCAAUAGGGGAAUUAGGACCACGUCAGUGUGCACUGUAUUCAACAGCAUCCCUUAAGAGGCCAAAUUUCAACCAAUGAUGUUUGUGUUGCGGAAUGAGUUUUCAUCAUAGCCAAUACGGAUGUGCAAUACUGCAACCAGUUACAACAUCAAGAUUCCUGCUAAAGCAAACUGCCAGAUUAACUAGAAAGAUCAUGUCCCAAGUCCCCAAACUGUCUCCUAAAGGCCUUCCCCAUGGCCUGGUUAUUUAUAUAUUUAUUUAUUUAUUGACUGUUGGUAAUUUAUUUGAUUUUAUUUAUUUGAAGUUGUCAUGUGUCACUCAAAUCUUUGUUUUUGUGUUAACGUGAAUUUAUUUGCCCACAUUUCUGUAAUCUUUCUUUUUGUCUUGUGUCUCACUGAUCGACUCUCAAGAAAAACACGGUAGCACUUCCUUGCUUUUGUUCAGACUAACUUAAUCUACUUCGCAUUUGUGUAUUUCUUUAGCCAAUAAUUCCUCCAGUUGAAGUAGCUCACAUGCGGUACAGCCCAUUCUUUCCCAAUCUAUCACUUACAGUGCCUGUAAAUUAAAGAUUUCAGAAGAUGUUAAUGUUAUCUCCUGACCUUGAUAAAUAACAUAUCAAUUGAAAAUGUCAACGUGGUUGUCGAAGAGAAGUAAAUAUUCUCUCUUGCCUGUUUCUCAUGCGUUGUGGUACACUUGUAUGAAUAUGCCCUGUUGCUGAACACUGAUGGACCUGAUUAAAUUCUUUGCACAAACUUGUCAGGAUUAGCCUCUUGGGUGAGUGAGAUGGCUAAUUUUGAACUUGGGCUUUAGGGUAGAAAAGUUUGUAUUUGUUAGUUCAACACCCAACGCCUUAAAAAUACUAUGUAUUGUGACACUAUGUUCUUAGUGUGUACAUAAGUGUAAAGGAAUGUAAAUGGUUGCAUACAGUGCUUCUGUGUUUAUUAUAUUGUAAUAUAUAAUUAUUUUUAAUUACUUUACCAAUUUUCACUAUCCUUUUUCUUUUCUAUUGUAGUAUGUGUUACAGUAUUGACUAUUUAUUUAAGUAACUUGGUGGAACUAUUUAUUUUGUGCUGGAGUGGAGCAAUUCUCCUAUCUUUUUGUACUUUUAUACAGUUUUUAAUCGUAUUCACGAAUAUCAUACCAUCAUGUUUAAAUUAUUGUUGUUACAUCAAGAUGCCUCUUCCACACCCUCAUUGUACUCAAUGUGAAAUAUGUGCCUUGGUGAAAUAAAUACUAAAGAAUG